UGCCACUUAGAACAUAUUCGCCAUGCAACUAUCUAGGAACACCCUGUUGCUGUUGUUCGUUCUUGGAGCGUUGGUUAAUCUUGCACGCAGCGGAGUUGUCAGAAAUAUCACCAGUGAGGCUGAAGACCCAUUAGUUUCAGAUGCCAUUGAUUUCGAUAUGAGUGCCAGCAUAAGGAAAUCAAAGGUCCAACUACCUCAGAAAAACGCACAAUCAGAUAUCCUUGACGCCGAAAUAAUUCCCUUCAGAAAUGAUUUGUCGCAGAUGAAGCGCCUGGAGUUAAUGGACACCUGCAAAGGAAUGGGUGCCAACUGCACGCGGUCUGAGGAAUGCUGCACGCUCCAAUGUUUAAUGCUCAGCAAAGUGUGUUCCUUCUACUAAAAACCAUGUAAUGAAUCAUUUUAAAUAAAUAAGUUGCUGUGCACCUUGA